AUGACAAAGCCAUCAUCGAAUAAGAUUGUUUUGGUAGGCAUCGGCGGUGCAUCCUGUUCUGGUAAAACCACACUAGCUAAACUCCUUACACGAAUCCUACCGAAUAGUUGGAUAUUUCAUCAGGAUGAUUUUUUCAAGUGCGUAUCUCAAAUUCCAAUUGACCCAACGACAAACCUCUCUAAUUGGGACUGUCCUGACGCUGUAGAUUUUCCAAAAUUCAUUAAAACAUUACGACAAGUUCAUCAAACAGGACUAUUACCCGAUUCUUUUAGAUCGAAAGAAAGAUUAAAUGUUAGGAAUGAUAUCAAACUUGAAGCUCAUCUAGAAUCAUUAAUAAAUCAGUUAUCAGGACGAAUUAUUAAUGUGUUGUCAGAUGGUAGUGAAAGUAAUGAUAUUGAUCAAAAUGAUUUAAAUAACAAAGAUGAGAAUAUUGGUAUUUCAAGUAUAAAUAAUUUAUCUGAUUGGACUUUCGUUUUAGUUGAUGGCUUUCUUCUUUAUUGGGAUAUGCAAGUUGUAAAGGAAUUAGAUAUUAAAUUGUUUGUUCAAGCUGAUUAUACAACAUUGAAAAAAAGGCGAGAGGAACGAGCUGGAUAUGUUACCGUUGAUGGCUACUGGUCAGAUCCGCCAAACUAUUUUGAUACAAUGGUAUGGCCAAACUACGUAAAAUCUCACAGACAUUUAUUUAAAGAUCAUUCAGAAAUUAGGCUGACUACUGAUGAAUUGGUAGUAUUGAAUUCGAAUGGUGCAAGGGACAUGCAGAUGAAUUUAGAAAUGGCCGUUGAAAACGUUUUAGAGUUUGUUAGGAGCAACGAAGUUUGCUGA